AUGAUAGUGGCAGAGAGGAGGGUGGUGGUGGAACUAAAUAAGGCCAAAGUGGAGCGAUUAUGCAAAAUUGUCGCUAAAUCCAUUUUUUGUGGCAGUUGCAGAAAAUCGCCACUAAAUCUUGUAGUUUUUGCGGCAAUUACAGAAACUACAACUAAAUCCUGGUUCAGGGGUCAGGGGUCAGGGGUCAGGGUUCAGGGUUCAGGGUUCAGGGGUCAGGGGUCAGGGUUCAGGGUUCAGGGUUCAGGGUUCAGGGUUCAGGGGUCAGGGGUCAGGGGUCAGGGGUCAGGGGUCAGGGGUCAGGGGUCAGGGUUCAGGGUUCAGGGUUCAGGGUUCAGGGGUCAGGGGUCAGGGUUCAGGGUUCAGGGGUCAGGGGUCAGGGUUCAGGGUUCAGGGGUCAGGGGUCAGGGGUCAGGGGUCAGGGGUCAGGGGGGUCAGGGUUCAGGGGUUCAGGGUUCAGGGUUCAGG